AUGUCAAACGAGUACGCGUUCCGCAAGAUCGACAUCGACGCCCUCGAGGAGGAGGUCCUCCUCCCCUCCGACCUCGUCGACCCCGACCCGCGCGGACCUGAUGGCGCGCUCGCCGACGCUCGGGCGCGGUCCCAGGAGACACGCAACUUUGUGUCCAAGGGCGACAUAGCCGGCGCGCUCGCGACCAUCCUCACCGACCCUCCCUACGGCGACGGCGUCGACGAGGCCAAGGACCUCACGACGUCCGCCGUCACCCUCAUCCUCAACUCGACCCGUGCGGCUGACAUCCCCGCGGCGCUCAAGGGUCUCGACCAGGAGCAGCAGGCCCGUCUGAUGGCAUACCUGUACAAGGGAAUGGGCGCGCUCAACACCAACACGGACGUUGCCGGCUCCGUUCUGCUCACAUGGCACGAGAAGUUGACAGAGAUUGCCGGCGUCGGCGCCAUUGUCCGCGUCAUGACCGACCGCCGCACCCUCUAA